AUGGCGACCGCGGUGAUCAUCGUCCUGGUGACGGCCGUCGCCGCCCUGCUCGCCAAGUGGGCGCUCUGGUACCGGCGCCACCGCGCCCUGGAGCAGGCCAUCCCGGGGCCGCCGUCGCUGCCCGUCCUGGGGAACGCGCUGGACUUCCUGGGGCUGGCCAACGAGGACCGCCUCAAGUUCAUCCUGGGGCAGGGCGACAGGAAGAUGAGGCGUUUGACGUUGUUGACGACCGUGGUGGUGAUGGUGAACAACGCCGAGGACAUCGAGCACGUGCUGCGCCGGAAGGACCUCGCCGACAAGUCGCGCUUCUUCUACGCCUCGCUGCACAUGGUGGCCAAGAACGGCCUGAUCCAGCUGAGCGGACCGCUGUGGCGGGAGCACCGCAAGGCGCUGCAGCCCGCCUUCAGCCUCAGCAUCCUGGAGCACUUCGUGGACUACUUCGCCGAGGAGGCCGAGGGCUUCGUGCGCCGCGUCAAACCCUGGUGCGCCGACGACAACCUGCUGGACAACCUGCGGAGAGUCACCUGCGGCGCCUUCAUGAAGACCACCCUGAGCGAGAAGGUGGGGGCGGACUUCGAGGAGGAGAUCUUGGACCUCAUCCGCUUUCUGGAGCUGUUCCUCAAGUGCAGCACCGAGCGCUUCUUCAACCCGCUGCUCUGGUCUGACUGGGUGUUCGGGCUGACGGCGCGCGGCAGGCUCAUCAAGAAGACCAGGGCCAAGAUCGACCACCACGCGCGCGUGGUGCUGGACAAGCGGCGCGAGGAGCUGCGGCAGCGGGGCGAGCUGCGGGGCGACUUCACCAAGGACUUCGUCAAGAGGCCCACCACGCUGGUGGACACGCUGCUGCUGGCUCCGGGCUACCGGAUGCCUGACGAGGACGUGCUGGACGAGUUCAAGACCUUCUUCGCCGCGGGCGUGGACACCACGGCGGCCACCAUCAUCUGGCUGCUCAAGGCGCUCUCGCUGCACCCCGACAUCCAGGACAAGGUGUACGCCGAGAUCCAGACCGUGUUCCAGGGAUCAGACAGGAGAGUCACGCCCAGCGACUUGAACAGGCUGGAGUACACGGAGCGCUUCAUCAAGGAGACGCUGAGGCUGUUCCCCACGGUGCCCUUCCUGACGCGCCAGGUGCACGAGGAGACCGAGUUCCUGGGCCACACCCUCCCCGCCGACUCGGCGGUCGCCAUCAACAUCCUGGGCGCGCACCGCGACGCCGCGCACUGGCCCGACCCGCUCAAGUUCGACCCGGACCGCUUCCUGCCCGAGAACAGCGAGGGCCGCCACCCCUGCGCCUACAUGCCCUUCAGCACCGGCUACAGGAACUGCAUCGGCGGCAAGUACGCGCUCAUGAACAUGACCACCUUCCUGGCCACCACGCUGCGCCACUACCGCGUCGACCCGGUGGCCGACGGCUACAUGCACCUCGUCGACAUCCCCCUGUGCUUCGACAUCGCGCUCAGGGCGGCGGGGGGCAUGACGGUCAACUUCACGCCCCGUCGCGCGGCCGAGGGCGCCUGA